CGGAUUUCGAGCAUGGUCGGACAUGCCGCAGUACGAGAACAAAGGGAAACAAGAACUGAAGUCCAGUGACUGGAGGGAAACAAUUCCGCCUUAAUUUAACAUCAAGGGCCAUGUCCGACUCCGAAAACCAACCGGAGAAGCCGGCGGCGGUCGAGAAGAAGGUCAUCGCCACGAAAAUUACCGGCAGUGUAAAAUGGUUCAAUGUGAAAAGUGGAUAUGGCUUCAUUAACAGGGAUGAUACCAAAGAAGACGUGUUUGUCCACCAGACUGCAAUCAGCAAGAACAACCCUCGUAAAUAUCUGAGAAGUGUGGGAGAUGGGGAAAAAGUAGAAUUUGAUGUCGUUGAAGGAGAAAAGGGAAACGAAGCAUCCAAUGUCACUGGACCGAACGGCACCCCAGUGCAGGGCAGCAAGUAUGCUGCAGACAGGAGGCGUUACCGCCGUCAGUGGUAUCCGAGGAGACGUCCCGACGGAAGAAACGGAGAGGAAGGCGAGGAGGAGCAUGUUGGAGACCAGCAGGGUGGAGGUCAACAACGCCGCCCGCGCCGCCCGUACUUCAGAAACUACUACCCCCGAGGAGGCUUCAGGGGAGGCUACCGGGGUGGGCCACCUGGUCAGAUGAUGCCUGCAGGACCUAUGGGCCCUCCCAAUGCCGGCGGGCGUCCAUUCUACCGUCGGUUCUACCGGGGCGGACCCAUGGCCAGAGGGGCCGGGUUUGGAGGCUACGCCCCACGUGGAUACUAUGGGCCCCCUGGAGGUGGCAUGUACCGCGGAAGGGGCCGUGGUGGUAGGGGCAGAGGGCGUGGCCGUGGAAGGGGCGGAUACAAAAGCAGGGAUGAUGCCAGGAAUGGAGACCAAGACGGCCAGAACGACUCUGGUGCCGAAGACAAGGUGGAAUAGAGGCUGGGAAACACUCAAUCACAUGUACACAGACCUGGUACCAUCUGGGCACGCAACAGCUGGAAACCAACUGAAUAGCAUAUACAAAUGAAAUCUAUGCUAUGUGUACAUGUGCUUACCUGUUUAGUUCUUAUUUUCAAGUAAUACUUUUGUGUCAAAAUAAACUGUGUGUGAACCAAUUGUAAAUUGACCAACUCUUAAAGAUAAGGUAAAAUGUAUUUAUUUUAUAUGAUAAAGCGAAAUUUACUGAA